AUGGAAAAACAUCAUGCUGGUCAUCACAACCAUGUGGUGAAUGUGAAGUAUGGAUAUUUUGUGUUUGCUUUGUCUUUUCUCUACUACAUCCUAGUAGUGUUAGGAAAGUGGUAUACGUGGUAUCGACAAAAUGAGCCGAUCUUUUCGUUGCGUGGGGCAAGAGUACCCAUCUGGUUACAUUGCUCGGUUUGGAUUGUUCUUUUGACUGCAAUGGGGGUUUUUAAAGUUGAAUACUAUCUCGUGGCUCUUAAGCGAUUCGGGCGUUUAUCUUACUGUUUGAUACCAUUAGAUCUAUUGUUGGUUGUCAGACCCAAUAUUAUCAAUUACUUAGAAUUUAUUGAUUUACACAAGUGGAUAUCCCGAAUUAUUAUUUUUGCAGCUUAUGUGCAUGGUCUAGGAUAUUAUUACAGGUGGUUCUUUGAAGGCACUGUAAUAACCAAGCUGUUCAAGCUUUUAAAUUUCUUGGGUGUCAUAGUACUUUUAAUGACAGGCAUUUUAGUCAUCAUCUCAAUAAGGCUGUUUCGCAGAUACUCGUACACAACGUUUUAUAUCUAUCACAAUAUAUCGGUAUGGUUCUUUGUCUUGUUAAUUGGGUUUCAUUCGCGACCAGGUGUUACGCCAUUUACUUUUUUGAAUUUGGUUAUAAUGAGCGUACAGAUAUAUUUGAUGUUUAUAAGGACAUUCACGAUUGAGAAUUUGAAGGUGACUGAAAUUGAAUCGUCGAAUUUGAUAAUAGUACUGUUCCCUAAGCCAUCCAAUUUUCCUUCGUGGUCACCUGGAUCUCAUAUAAGAUUAAAUUAUAGAAGAAAUUUUAUACUCCCAACAUAUCCGUUCACGAUUGCCUCAGAUGAGAAUGAUUCCACUAUGACCUUGAUAAUGAAAAAACCUAAUCAUUUCACGGUGAUUGGUAAUUCAAGUUAUGCAAUGUCGACUCCGCUUCCAUCCGCAUCUCCUGCCUUUCUCAAAAAUGCUGAGGAUGUAGUAAUAAUUUGCGGUGGCUCCGGAAUAUCAUUUGGACUACCUAUCUUAUCACAUUUCAAACUGGCAUCGUCGGCAACAGUGAAUUUGAUUUGGGUAACGAGAUCUAAAAACGAUAUAAUAGUUCUACAAGAUAAUCCGAAUCACGAAAGCAUUCAAAUUUAUAUUACAGGAAACAAUUUCGAUCAGGAAUCCGAAGUACAAGAACAAGAUGAUAGCAUAGAGCUCGAUACAAUAGCGCCGACAGAUGCUUUGUUGGGUAGCGAAUACCGAGAUAAAGAUCUCUUUAAAGUUCAGAACGGUAGACCUGAUCUUGAAGAUUGCCUCGGAGCAUUCGAAGGCACAGAACCUAAAGCCGAAAAAUGGCUAGUCGCUUGUGGACCACAAGCGCUUAUCUCUGAUUGCAAGAGGUUGGCGAAGAAGAAGAAUAUCAACCUAAUAUCUGAAGUAUAUGAAAUGUGA